GAUGGGGGAGGGGAGCGGCUCCGGCCCGGGCGCGCGGAGCCAUGGCUGCGGCCAGGGCGCUGGAGUCCCCCCGGCCGAGCCUUCGUUCCGCCCUGUGGGUCCUGAUUCUGAAACCCCUGGCGCUGCCUCUACUGCUGCCUCAAGUCACCCCGCUGGGCCACGCCUCCCCGGACUUGCCCCUCCUGGAGCUGCUGGGUCACUCCUGCCGCGCGCCCCCCGCCUUCGCCAAUCUCACAGGUCCCUACUGCAAUGCUACCACUGACGAGAUCGGGACGUGCUGGCCCCGCAGCGCCGCCGGGGCCUACGUGGAGAGACCCUGCCCCGAGUUCUUCAACGGCAUCAAGUACAACACCACGAGGAAUGCUUACCGAGAGUGCACCGAUAAUGGGACUUGGGCCUCCCGGAUCAACUACUCCCAGUGUGAGCCCAUCUUGGAUGACCAGAAGAAAUAUGACGUGCACUACAAGAUAGCGCUCAUCAUCAACUACCUGGGGCACUGCAUGUCCAUGGGGGCUCUCCUCGCCGCCUUCCUGCUCUUCCUCGGCUUGCAGAGCAUCCGCUGCCUCCGGAACAUCAUUCACUGGAACCUCAUCACCACCUUCAUCCUCCGGAACCUCCUCUGGUUCCUCCUGCAGCUGAUCGACCACACUGUGCAUGAGAACAACGAGGCUUGGUGUCGGUGCAUCACCACCAUUUUCAACUACUUCGUGGUGACCAACUUCUUCUGGAUGUUCGUGGAAGGCUGCUACCUGCACACGGCCAUCGUCAUGACGUACUCCACAGACAAGCUGAGGAAGUGGGUCUUCCUGUUCAUUGGAUGGUUCAUCCCCUGCCCCAUCAUCAUCGCCUGGGCCAUUGGCAAACUCUACUAUGAAGAUGAGCAAUGCUGGUUUGGCAAAGAGCCGGGGAACUAUGUUGACUACAUCUAUCAAGGCCCCGUGAUUUUGGUGCUCCUGAUCAAUUUCGUCUUCUUGUUCAACAUUGUAAGAAUUUUGAUGACGAAGCUGCGAGCAUCCACCACUUCAGAGACGAUGCAGUACAGGAAGGCAGUAAAGGCAACCCUGGUUCUCCUGCCCCUCCUGGGGAUCACCUACAUGCUCUUCUUUGUCAACCCGGGUGAUGAUGAUUUGUCUCAGAUUGUGUUCAUUUACUUCAAUUCCUUCCUGCAGUCCUUCCAGGGCUUCUUCGUGUCCGUGUUCUACUGCUUCCUGAACGGAGAGGUCCGAGCGGCCGUGAGGAAGAGGUGGCGCAGGUGGCAGGAUCACCACUCCCUCCGAGUGCGGGUGGCCCGGGCCAUGUCCAUCCCCACGUCCCCCACGAGGAUCAGCUUUCACAGCAUCAAGCAGACGGCCGCCGUCUGAUGUCAUUCCCCCCCUUCCCCUUCCCCCUCCAGUCCCAAAGACGCCCCCUGCGCCUCUCUCCCUCCUUCCUUCCCUGAGCAGUUUGAUGUGGGGGACAAGGGAAGUUGGGUUAUGUUGGGGGGUCGCUGGGAAAGGGGCCCAAGCCUGGGCCCAGCAGCCAGGGAGCAUUCGGGGAAACCCCCUUGAAGAGUCUGUCCCACUGGUCCGAGCCUCUCACCCUCAGCCCAGUGAGCCCCACUCGCCUGAAGGGGAAGGGGAGGCUCCGGGCCCGGAGAGGAGAGGCUGGAGCUGGCUGCAGAAGGCCCUCACCCAGGCCUGUCAUUUUAUGGGAAUGGACGACUGAGGGAGAACCUGAGAGAGACGCUGAUCACGGCGAUGUGGACACCAGUGAAGCUGGGCUAGAGCCCAGGGCCCUGGAGAACCAACUUGUCCCGCACUGCUCACGGGAUGGGCCUCCCCCUCCCCAGCUGCUCCCAGAGAGUAGGAACUCCGGCUUCCUUCCCUCCCAAUCUCCGUCCUUCCCGUUGCUUGGAGGACUGGCCAGGCUUGUGUGCGGGGGUGGAGGAGGGGCGUCAGCCACGUAAACCUGGAAGCCCAAGUCCUCGGGACCCAGCCGGGCCCUUCCCCUUCAGAAACAGUGUCUUGUGUCUCUGGAAUAAACCGCUCCUGAAGUGUC